AUGGAUGAAAGGAAGGCAGCUAUAUUGGCGAAGCAGGGAUCUCUAGUCGCUCGGCAGUUUUAUCCAUUCCAAAGCCAAGAGGUUCGGCGUGUUACUGGUGUAUACGCAGGAUAUUUCUUUGCCAUCGAUGAUAUUUGCUCGGGCGAAGGCGAUUUGCAGAAAUUUCGUCGCAGCCUCAUCGAGGGUCUUCCGCAGAGCAAAUAG